AUGGAUAUUGAUGAUUACGAACAACUCUGUGCUGACUGCCUGAGCGAGUCGAGCGACCUCGCAGAGUUCGACCCUCACUUGGAAGACAUAGACAUCGACGAGGACAACGACGAAAUGACCAUACAGCUGAAGAUUAUCUCCGCAUCGAUACAGAAGAAGAAAAGGCUUGAAGCUGAACAGAUCGCAGCAGAGACAUUCAAGAUGUAUAACCUGUUGUGGUUCAUGGCUUGCAUGACCAUCGCUGUCGUCAUCCGACUCGCAGCAGAGACAUCCAAGAUGUGUAACCUGUUGUGGCUCAUGGCUUGCAUGGCCAUCGCUGUCGUCAUCCAAGUCGCUCCAAGCAUACGAAAGGUCAAUGCACAAUCACAGGUCAACGACCUGUUCCGCAAAGGCUAUAUCUCAGGGGUUCUGUACGCUAUCAACAAACCAACCGGUCAAAACGAAAGGACUGGUGACCAGCAACAAUCCGAUCAUGAAUAA